AUGGGGAAGAUCCUGUUCCGCCGGAGCCACAUCCGCGACGUGGCGGUCAAGCGCCUGAUCCCCAUUGAYGAGUACUGCAAGGCUCUGAUCCAGCUGCCUCCCUACAUCUCCCAGUGCGAGGAGGUGCUGCAGUUCUUCGAGACACGGCCCGACGACCUGACACCCCCCAAAGAGGAGCCCAUUGGAAAGAAGAGGCCAGGAGCGGACUGUGCCUCGGCCGAGCCCUUGGUGCUGGAGCAGUAUGUCGUGGUGGCCGACUACCAGAAGCAGGAGAGCUCGGAGAUCAGCCUGUGCGUGGGCCAGGUGGUGGAGAUCAUUGAGAAGAACGAAUCAGGCUGGUGGUUUGUGAGCACGUUGGAGGAGCAAGGCUGGGUGCCAGCGACCUGCCUGGAGGCGCAGGAUGGAGUUCAGGAUGAGCUCUCCAUGCAGCCUGAUGGAGAAGAGAAGUACACGGUGAUUUACCCCUACACAGCCAGAGACCAGGAUGAAAUGAACCUGGACAGAGGGGCUGUGGUGGUGGUGAUCCAGAAGAACCUGGAGGGCUGGUGGAAAAUCAGGUACCAGGGCCAGGAGGGCUGGGCUCCUGCCUCCUACCUCAGGAAGGGCAAUGGGGACGGUUUCCCGCAGAAGCUGGGCUCCUCAGCCCAUUGCAGUGCCCUGGAGCUGGAUGGCAUCUCCCGGCAGCAGGUCCUGGCCAGCAGGGACCUGGGGACACCCAGGGAUGGCAGAGUGGACAGCAGAGCCCUGCCCAGCGCCGACAUCCGCCGCAAGUCCCCAAAGAUGAGGCAGAGGCCACCUCCACGCCGAGACCUCACCAUACCCCGUGGGCUGAACCUCCCRAAGCCUCCCGUCCCCCCUCAAGUGGAAGAGGAAUAUUACACCAUUGCUGAUUUCCAGACCACCAUCCCCGAUGGCAUCAGCUUCCAGGCAGGAAUGAAAGUGGAGGUCAUCGAGAAGAACCUGAGCGGCUGGUGGUACAUCCAGAUCGAGGAGAGGGAAGGCUGGGCCCCUGCCACCUUCAUCGACAAGUACAAGAAAACCAGCAACGCCUCCAGGCCCAACUUCCUGGCCCCGCUGCCCAACGAGCUGGCCCAGCUGCGGCUGGGGGACACCGAUGGCAGUGCCAGCGAGGAGCCCAYGGGGCCGUGCCGCCCGCUGCCAGAGGCUCCCCCGAACGGCACCGACUGCCCUGGCAGGUGGGGCAAGGACUGGAGGGGCAAGGAGGCCCCCGAUGGUGGCGACCUGUCCUUCGCCGGGGGCUACGAGGAGAUCUCGGAGCGCGACACGGAGGAGAAGCCCAGCCUGCCGCCCAGGAAGGAGUCCAUCAUUAAAUCRGAAGGAGAGCUGCUGGAGAGGCAGAGGCCUCCCCCCAAGCCCCCCGGCGUGAUUUUGCCCAUGAUCCCACCCAAGCAGUCGGCAGCCCCGAAGGACGGCAAGAAGCCGGAGCUCAGGUCGGAGAAGGCCAAACUCUUCCAGCUGAAAAACGAGAUGGGGCUGGAAUGUGGACACAAGGUGUCGGCCAAGGAGGUGAAGAAGCCAAACCUCCGGCCCAUUGUCAAGCCGGCCAAGCCCAAAGCUGAGCCUGUGGAGGACAAACCUGAGCCCAUCACCCAGAACCCUUUCCUAAAGUCCAGACCUCAGAUCAGGCCAAAGCCCGCCGCAUCCCCCCGCGGUGAGCCGCCCCCGGCCGAUGACAGACUGGACAUUUGCAACCUGCGGAGCAAGCUGAGACCGGCCAAGUGCCCGGAGAAAGCCUCGGAGCAGGAUCCUGCUGCCGGGGAAAGCCCUUUCAGCAAUGCCACGGUCUCUUUGGAGUCUCCUGUCAGGUUCCCGGAGCGGCCGGGCGUGGAGAGCAAAGCCCUGCCCAGGCUGGACAGCCACGGCCCCAAAGAGGCGCUGCCCAAAUGUGCCCCGGGUCCAGCGAGCCCUCCCUGCGCCAGGGAGGCCCCUCCUCAGCGCCCCAUGGUGCCACCCCGCAGGCCACCCCCGCCCAAGAAGAUGGGGGGCCCUGUCCCCGUCCCAGUCCCCGUCCCUGUCCCUGUCCCCGUCCCCACUGAGCCGCGGGUCCCAGCACGGGACACGCCUGAGCUCAGGGGUUCUGCCACGCCCGGGAGGCCCAUGCUGGUCCCUCCCAAAGCCAAGCCCUUCCUCAACGCCGCCCUCCAAGACGAAGCCAAAGCCAAGAGCAGCAUCACCCCAAAGGUCAUCUCCAAGCCCCUGGAGAGGGGAGAGCCCAGGGAGAGGAGCUCAGCCCUGGAUAUGGCCAGGGAAGCUCUCUACGUGGCCGUGGCGGAUUUCGAAGGUGACGAGGAGACCAACAGCUUCCGAGAAGGGACUUUGUUUGAGGUUCGGGAGAAGAACAGCAGCGGCUGGUGGUUCUGCAGGGUGCUGGCCGGGGGGCCRUGCUGGGAGGGCUGGAUCCCUUCCAAUUACCUGCGCAAGAAACCGUAGCUGCUCCUCGGCCCGCGCCRUCCCCGGCCUCUCACCUGAGUAUUUAAUGAGCAGAUUAAUUUAUAGUUUUCUGUAAGGCUGGCUUUAAAAGGGAAGAGAAUAAUUGAGAUCCCACACCUCCCAGCCAGGGCCCCUCGGAGGCAGCUCGGCCUCCCCUCCCCACCCGUGUGCUCCCACCCAUCCAUCUCCCCACAUUUCCCCCAAGGAUGUGGCCCCCGUGGUUCUCUGUGCUGGGCAGAAGGACCUUGGAUGACAUUUUGCCACCCCUGUGGUGAAUUAGAUGGAAAUCCAGGUGGAAUGGUACCAACGAAGGAAAUCACAGCAGGAUUUGCCUUUCCCUGAACCUCAGGGUCAAACGUUGCAGGUCACGUUGCUUAGUCCAGAGCCACGAGGAACAUGGCAAAAAGGAGAAAUUAUUUUGAUGAGAAUGAUGAGAACAUCGAAUGUUCAUACAAAUGUUCAUCAUCUCAUCAGAAAAUGCUGAGAACAGGCUCCUGCAGCUCUGUGCCUGGUUAAGGGCCGUGCCUUGCUCCCUGUGCACGGGGAUCAUCCCUUGGUCCUUCCCUGCUCCAUGAUGACAAGUGUUGACUUCAACAUCCUCCUGCUGGAAAAAAAAAUAGGGAAAAACCCCCAACUCAUYGGACAGGUCCUGUCUGUGCCAAUCCAGGACAGCUCCUGAGCCUCUCCCCUGCAGUUCUGCGAGCAGACAUCAGAGGGGUUCUGCUUCCAGAGCUGAGCAAUUCUAUGCAAGGCGCAGACGACCAAAACCACCCCUGGAAAAGGGAUGCUUUGCUCUCCAACCCCCCAGACUGCCCUGCCUGUUGGACUCGUAGGGGAGCACCCCUUCCAGGACCCGCUGAGCUCCCCGGGCUGGCGGCAGCAGCCUGCGGCGGGUCCUUCCCUCGGUGCUGAYAUUAUCCAAGUGCAAUCCGCAAGGUGGGAGUUCAGCUCCUCCUGCUCGCCCCUCGGGAGUUGUGUCACCCCCCUGCCACCCUCCAGGUACUUGCAUUUCACCCUGUGGGCUGGCUCRGCUCCCAGGGCUCCCGGGCAGGCUCAGGCUGGGUUUUUCCACGCUGGCAUUGCUGCCUGCUAGGCUGGAUCGUGCCCACAGUGCUGCUGAUCCCAGCGGGAGGAUGAGCAYGGAUGAGCUCUUGUCCCCCUGUGCUGCUUUCUUCAUUUCUGCCCUUGGCUUUUUGCAGCUUCAGGGCUGCUUUUCUCUGCAGAAGAGCUUUAAACCCGGCUGUCUGUGGAUUUCACAGAAUGACAGAAUUAUUGGGGGCUGGAAGGGAGCUCUGGAGAUCAUCCAGCCCAGCCCCUCUGCCAAGGCAGGGUCAGCUUUGGUGUUGACCAAGCCCUGUUUUCCUCUCUGGUCCAAGUGUGAGUGAUGCAGCCAAAUGGUUUUGCUGCUGGAAAUAAUGGCAGUUUCCCCUCAGAUUUGAGGCUGGCUGAAUCAAAGGAGCAUUCUCUGCUCCCACAGAUGCUCAAUUCCUUCUCCACCCGAUAUUUUCUACCCUGAAAAUGUGGAGUUGGAGACCCCUCUGUCUACACACAGAAGAAAAUAGCGGUGCCUCUGUUGGGAUCGUCCUGGGAGAGUGCUGGGGCAGCUUGAUCUGACAGAGAACUCCUGACCAUCACAUCCACAAGCCCCAAAAUUCAUUUUUUAGCCGUGGGAAUCCAGGCAGCCCGGCCUGUGGCUGACUGCUCUCCCUCCCAGCUGCGGUUUUCUCCGCUGGCACAUCAUCCCCUGCUCAGGCUGACUCACCUGAGCUGGCAGUGAACGCGCCUUUGCAACCCAGUGCAAUAACAAAGCUCCUUGGUGGCAGUCGGGAGGGGCUGCUCUGCUCCCGGGAGAGCUGCAGGGUGGGCUGGGAGAGCUCUGCUGAGCUCCAAUCCAUCCUUUCUGCUUUGGAGAGGAGUGGGGAYRGGAUGAGUUAAGCCAGAGCUGCUGCCCAGCCCCAUCCAGCUCCCGCAGUGCCAGGGAAGGGGCUGGACGUGGAUCCCUGCUCUUGACACAGGGUGGAARGGCUGCCUUUCCCAGGCACUGCCCUUGCUCUGCCUUUGCUCAAUGGCCUUUUAAUCUCAGAAGUGUCUCCUGCUCUGUCUCAGAGGCCUCCCUGCCCCGGCUCUGCCCUGUGCUGUUUGUGUGGCCGGGGCUCUGAGCGAGGGCUGUCCCCUGUCCCCUCCCAGCUGAGCCUCGGAGCCGCUGGUGCUCCCUUUUCCCAACACAAGUACUGUAUUUGGCUCCCUGAGCGUGACGGGAUCGCUGCCCGCUUCCCAAAGAGCUUCCCAGAGGAGGGAUCACCUCGGGAGGUGCCCACACCCGCAGCCUUACCCCUUUGCCACCCUCCKGUCUGCCAGGGGGCCGUGGGUUGGCCAAGCUGCCUUGGGGACGAUGCCAGGAGCCACUGGGCUGGCAGGGCUUUGUCCCCAGAUCCGUGUCCCCAGUCCUGCCCCAGGCCAGGCUGCCUCUCCUCCCGUUCCUCACGCAUGGCCGAGCUCCCUGACUACCUCGGGAGGAGGAGGAGGGUGGCCAAAAGCACCCCAAACUGGGGGGCAGCACCCCAAACUGGGGACAGCACCCCAAAUCGGGGGGCAGCAUCCCAAACUGGGGGGCAGCACCCCAAACUCGGGGACUGCACCCCAAACCCGGGGACAGCACCCCAAACUGGGGGGCAGCACCCCAAACUGGGGGGCAGCACCCCAAACUCGGGGGCAGCACCCCAAACUCAGGGGGCAGCGCCCUAAUCUGGGGGGCAACACCUCAAACUGGGGGGCAGCACCCCAAACUCGGGGGGCAGCACCCUAAACCCGCGGGCAGCACCCCAAACUCGGGGGAAGCACCCCAAACUCGGGGGAGGCACCCCAAACUCGGGGGGCAGCACCCCAUCAGCCAAAGCCCAGCCUCCCAGAGCAGCCCCGAGGUUGGGGUUUGUGGCCAGGGGGGCAUUGUCACGGUUUAGGACACGAGAGCUGGGAUUUGGGGCCAUCCAGGCUGGGCACCGACCCCGCUGUGCCCGGCUCCUGCCAGGCUCCCAAAGCCCCUGUGUUUGUCCAUGUGUCUCUAUAUUAUUAUAAAUGUAUAAAUCUYCAUUACUGGGGGGUGGGGGGAAGCAGAAGGUAGAUGUAGCUGUGUCCAUGCCCUGUCUAUAUGUUCACCUUUAAGGGCUGGAUUUUUCUUUUUUUUAUUUGCUGGGGUUUGGGUUUGUUUUUGUUUUUGUUUUUUUUUUCUUUUGUUUUCCUUUUUUAAGAAAUAAAAAGAAACUGCUUGACUGGUUUCAAGCA